CCCUCCUCCUGGAGGGGCCGGCGGUCGGCGGCGGCCGCUACGGUGCUGACAAGAUGGCGGCUGGCGGGGCUGUUGCUGCGGCGCCCGAGUGCCGGCUUCUGCCCUACGCGCUGCACAAGUGGAGCUCCUUCUCCUCCACCUACCUUCCCGAGAACAUUUUAGUGGAUAAACCAAAUGAUCAAUCUUCCAGAUGGUCUUCAGAGAGCAACUAUCCUCCCCAGUACUUGAUUCUGAAGCUUGAAAGGCCUGCUAUAGUUCAGAAUAUUACAUUUGGAAAAUAUGAGAAAACCCAUGUCUGCAAUUUGAAGAAAUUCAAAGUCUUUGGUGGAAUGAAUGAAGAAAAUAUGACAGAGCUGUUGUCUAGUGGCUUGAAGAAUGAUUAUAACAAAGAGACAUUUACCUUGAAACAUAAAAUUGAUGAACAGAUGUUCCCUUGUCGAUUCAUUAAAAUUGUUCCACUUUUGUCCUGGGGGCCCAGCUUUAAUUUUAGCAUCUGGUAUGUUGAACUUAGUGGCAUUGAUGAUCCUGAUAUAGUGCAGCCCUGUCUGAACUGGUACAGCAAGUACCGCGAACAAGAAGCCAUUCGCCUUUGCCUGAAACACUUCAGACAACACAACUACACAGAGGCUUUUGAGUCCCUGCAGAAGAAAACCAAGAUUGCCCUGGAGCACCCGAUGUUGACAGACAUGCACGACAAACUGGUGUUGAAGGGCGACUUUGAUGCUUGCGAAGAGUUGAUUGAAAAAGCUGUGAAUGACGGCUUGUUCAAUCAGUAUAUCAGUCAGCAGGAGUAUAAGCCGCGGUGGAGUCAGAUCAUUCCUAAGAGCACCAAAGGUGAUGGAGAGGAUAACCGACCAGGAAUGAGAGGGGGCCAUCAGAUGGUUAUUGAUGUUCAGACAGAGACUGUUUAUUUGUUUGGUGGCUGGGAUGGAACACAAGAUCUUGCUGACUUCUGGGCAUACAGUGUGAAGGAGAACCAGUGGACAUGUAUCUCUAGAGACACUGAGAAAGAGAAUGGUCCUAGUGCCAGGUCGUGCCAUAAAAUGUGCAUUGACAUCCAGCGGAGGCAGAUCUACACGUUGGGCCGCUACUUGGAUUCCUCUGUGAGGAACAGCAAAUCUCUGAAAAGUGACUUCUACCGUUACGACAUUGACACCAAUACCUGGAUGUUACUGAGUGAAGACACUGCUGCUGAUGGUGGACCAAAGCUGGUGUUUGAUCAUCAGGUUGGAUGCACUUCUUCCAACAAGGUCUUUCCCAAACAGUUCCACCAACUGAGAAUGAAGUAUUCAAACACAGGAGUCUGUGGGAGCCAUCUCAUUGAGACCACCACAGCAGGAACUCCUGGAGUACCAAUGACAGGAUUCACACAGAGAGCAACUAUUGAUCCAGAACUGAAUGAAAUACAUGUCUUAUCUGGACUCAGCAAAGACAAAGAAAAGAGGGAAGAGAAUGUCAGAAAUUCCUUCUGGAUUUAUGACAUUGUGAGGAAUAGCUGGUCUUGUGUCUAUAAGAAUGAUCAAGCUGCAAAAGAGAAUCUGAGUAAAAGUCUUCAGGAAGAAGAACCAUGUCCAAGGUUUGCCCACCAGCUCGUUUAUGACGAAUUACACAAGGUUCAUUAUUUAUUUGGUGGAAAUCCAGGAAAAUCUUGCUCUCCAAAGAUGAGACUAGAUGACUUCUGGUCACUGAAGUUGUGUAGACCUUCUAAAGAUUACUUACUGAGGCAUUGCAAGUACCUCAUAAGAAAACACAGGUUUGAAGAAAAGGCCCAGAUGGACCCUCUUAGUGCUCUGAAGUAUUUACAGAAUGAUCUUUAUAUAACUGUGGAUCAUUCAGACCCAGAAGAGACAAAAGAGUUUCAACUCUUAGCCUCAGCUCUGUUCAAAUCUGGCUCAGAUUUCACAGCUCUAGGCUUUUCAGAUGUGGAUCACACCUAUGCUCAAAGAACUCAGCUCUUUGACACCCUAGUAAAUUUCUUUCCCGACAGCAUGACUCCUCCUAAAGGCAAUCUGGUAGACCUCAUCACACUGUAAACUGGGGAGUCGAGUUGAGGAAUUGCUAGGCUCAGAAGUGGAGACUGGAGUCGGAGUUCCGUGUUUGUGUGGGCAGAGGUGACGUCGCAGUAAUUGAGGACUGCAUCAGAGUUUUGAAGGAUCCUUAUUAUCACAAGUUUUAACCCUCUCCUUCGUACCUGACCACAAUCCCUUUUUCCUCAUAUUCUGCAUUAGGCUAAUAAAGUGAAAUUGAUAUACUUCCCAUUUAA